CAAUAAUUUUGCUCUCAUUAUAUUCCUCAGAGAAAAAGAGCUGCAAAGAUCUUUGUGCCAGAAACAGUGUCAUUUUCUUGUUUCUACUUAUAAAAAGAAGAGUUGUUGUUUGCGUGUAAAAUAUUAUUGUUCAAGUUCUGUUAGUUGAUCUUCAUUUCUUUCAAAUCCUCUAUUUCUCACACAUAUCAUGGCUUCUGCAACGUUGGUUUCUCUUGGGAUUUUCUUCCUCUUCGCUUCUUCAUUUGCAGAGCAAGCUCCGUACACCUCGUUCGCGAGAAACGCCACCUCAGCUCCGCUGCUAGACUACUACGACUAUGUAGUCAUCGGCGGCGGAACUGCCGGCUGUGCCCUGGCGGCGACGCUCUCAGCCUCGGCGAAAGUCCUCCUCCUCGAGAGGGGCGGGCUCCCCUACGACAACCCCAACGUUACCCAGAUCACGGGGUUCGCCAAGUCGCUCCUCGACACGUCGCCCACCUCGGCCUCGCAGCCGUUCGUCUCCACGGACGGCGUGUUCAACCACCGCGCCCGCGUGCUGGGCGGGGGGUCGGCCAUCAACGCGGGGUUCUACACGCGGGCCAGUGCUGAGUACGUGCGCGGGGCCGGGUGGGACCCGCAGCUGGCGAGGGAGUCGUACGAGUGGGUGGAGCGGAAGGUGGCGCACCUGCCGCGCGUGCAGCAGUGGCAGGCUGCCAUGAGGGACGGCCUGCUCGACGCGGGAGUGGCGCCCGACAACGGCGCCACGUACGAGCAUCUUAUUGGGACCAAGGUCGGGGGCUCGAUAUUUGAUGAGGAUGGUGUGAGGCACACGGCUGCGGAUUUGUUGGAGUAUGCUGAUCCCACCAAGAUUACUGUUUAUUUACACGCCACCGUGCAUCGAAUCUUAUUCAGCACCUCUCCAGGUAGAAAGCCCAAGGCAAAUGGAGUUUUCUUCAGAGACUCAAAUGGGUAUAACCACAGGGUAUACUUGAAGAGAGGAGUAGCAAAUGAGAUAAUUCUCUCAGCUGGGGCACUGGGCAGCCCGCAACUUCUGAUGUUGAGUGGCAUCGGGCCGGGCCCUGAGUUACGAGCCCUGGGAAUUAACGUAGUCUUGGAGCAACCAUUAGUAGGGCAAGGCAUGUCCGACAAUCCGACCAAUAUGUUGCUCAUACCUUCCAGUCGUCCAGUCGAGAUCUCACUGGUUCAGGUCGUUGGCAUUUCCGAUGUCGGGAGCUACAUUGAAGCCGCCAGUGGAUUCAUCGAGCUUUCUUCCAUCUAUGACUUCAUUCAACACAAUGUGGACGUCGCAAACAAGACGGUCGCGCCAUUCAUGAUCCCCACGAACCAAAGCAUCCAACAAAUCCUUCAAGGAUCCAAAGCGGAGAAUACCAGACUCGCAGUAGUCCUGCAGAAGAUCAUGGGCCCGUUCUCGACCGGCUACAUGGAGCUCUUGAACAAGGACCCGGAGUCGAACCCGAGAGUCACAUUCAACUACUUCAAGGACGAAAGGGACCUGACGAGGUGCGUCGGAGGCAUGGAAAUCUUGAGGAAGGUGGUCCGGUCACGGGCCGUCUCGGAAUUCCUCUUCCCCUUCACCUCCUUCGAGUCCCUGCAGAGGUUCAUGCUGUCUUUGCCCAUCAAUUUGAGAGGGAGACAUGUAGCUUCUGCUUACUCCAUGGAGCAGUAUUGUAGGGACACCGUCAUGACCCUGUGGCACUACCACGGGGGAUGCCAGGUCGGCCGUGUGGUCGACUCCGAUUACCGUGUCAUUGGGGUCGACUCGUUGCGUGUCGUUGAUGGCUCCACCUUUUAUUAUUCGCCAGGGACAAACCCUCAGGCUACGGUUAUGAUGCUCGGAAGGUAUAUGGGACAGAUGAUUCUGCAGCACAGGAAUAAUAAGACGAUUUGAUUAAAUUAAUUAUGCGCAAAAUUCGACGAGAAAAGUGGUGUUUGAUAAUAUUUCGAGUAGAGUUUUAUUUUAAUAAGUAUUGUUUGCAGAACUUGUUCUUUUCUAUGUCAUGUUUUUUCUUUCUUUUUAAUAGUAUGUU